AUGGCAGAUGUUGAAAUGACGGAUGCUGCUGGAGAUGCCAGCAAGGGGAAAGCUGUAGCUAAGAUUGCAAAGGCUGAUGCAGCUGGAGAGGGUAAGAAGAGAUUUGAGGUCAAAAAGUGGAAUGCUGUUGCUCUGUGGGCGUGGGAUAUUAUCGUUGAUAACUGUGCUAUUUGCCGAAACCACAUCAUGGACCUGUGUUAG